AUGGUCACUCUGGCUCAUGGUCCUCGUCUUUAUGCCGCUUUUUCUUGCGUGUGCGUGCGUGUCCUACCAAUCAUGGUUGAGUCACUGCGUGUGUCUCUCGCCACGCCUUCAGUCUCCUCGUUUGCCCUGUCUGUCACCAUGCCGCCUCUUGUCGCGCCCCGACUUGCUCCC